AUGGCAUUUGUUAUCUUUUUGAUCCCCUGCCUUGUGCUCAGCAUCGACUUUGCUGUCUCCUGCCAGAAUGCUGACGACUUCGUGGGUGCCAGUUCUCCAGGGGACAUCAUUAUUGGAGGAUUGUUUGCAGUUCACAGUGAAAUGCUGCAUCCAGAAGAAGAUCCCAUCAAGCCAGUAAUUCAGAAUUGUGCUGGCUUUGAAAUCCAAGUUUUUCUUCAGACGCUUGCAAUGAUACACGCUAUUGAAACCAUCAACAACUCAACGCUGUUAUCUGGAGUUACUCUGGGCUAUGAAAUCUACGACACGUGUGCAGAAGUUACAAAAGCCAUGGCAUCUGCUCUGAGAUUUCUGUCUAAACUCAAUUCUUCUGAGGAUGCUGUGGAGUUCAAGUGUAACUACUCAGACUACAUCCCGAGAGUCAAGGCCGUCACUGGAGCCAGCUACUCGGAGGUAUCAAUGGCAGUGUCAAGGCUGCUGGCUUUGCAAUUAAUCCCACAGGUCAGUCCUGCAUCAUCAGCUGAAAUCCUCAGUGACAAAAUCAGGUUUCCUUCUUUCUUCAGGACUAUCCCCAGUGAUUUUCACCAGACAAGAGCAAUGACUCGUUUGAUCUGUGAAUCUGGGUGGAACUGGAUCGGAGUAAUAGCCACUGAUGAUGACAAUGGGCGGUUCGCUCUGGAGAGCUUUGGGGUCCAGGCCAUGGCGAACAAUGUUUGCAUAGCCUUUAAAGAGAUGCUGCCAGCCUAUCUCUCUGACAGCACCUUUCACACCAAAGUUGAUAAUGCAAUUGAGAAGAUUGUCAAGGAAACAAGAGUAAAUGUUAUUGUUGUCUUUAUGAGACAGUUCCACGUGCUCAAACUAUUCAAGAAGGCAAUUGAGAGGAAUGUUAAUAAAAUCUGGAUUGCCAGUGAUAACUGGUCAGCUGCAGUCAAGAUCAGUACAAUUCCCAAUAUCAGACAGCUAGGAACAGUUGUGGGAUUUGGAUUUAAAAGUGGAGAUGUCUCCUCAUUCCAAGAGUUUCUGAGAAACCUUCAUGAAAAGCCCACUGAAAACAACAAGUUUUUACGUGAAUAUAUUAUGCUUUUGUCAAUCUGUGCACACCUGGAAUAUCAUGAUUUUCAAACAUGCAUUGCAAACCAAUCCCAGGAUGAUCUCUUGGAAAAUGAUGGGAGUAAACCCCAGAUCUGGAGAGAUGAUUUUUUGAAUGCUAAUGUUGAACCAGGAUUUAUCCAUAGUACUAUACUUGCAGUCUAUGCUAUAGCUCAUGCCAUUAAAGGGCAAUGCAAAGACAGAGACUGCAAGGAUCCAUCUGCCUUUACUCCCUGGGAGCUCCUUGAAGAACUUAAAAAAGUUAUCGUCAUUGAUGAUGAUAAGGAAGUCAAGUUUGACUCCAAUGGAGAUAUGAGCACCAGCUAUGAUGUCCUUCUUUGGAAAGAAAUUGAUGGCCACAUGGAAAUCAUCACUAUGGCAGAAUAUGAUGCAGAGAAAGGUGGCUUUAUCUUUGAGGAUGAAGAGAAAAAAAAAGAUUUUCUGGCUUUGAAGAAGGUUCAGUCAACAUGUUCCCAGCACUGCAGGCCAGGCCAGGUAAAAAAGGUUACAGAAAGUCCACACACAUGCUGCUAUGAGUGUAUUUACUGCCCAGAAAACCAUUACAGCAACCAAACAGACAUGGAUUACUGCUACCGAUGUAACAACAAAACCUACUGGGCUCCCAUCAACAGCUCCACGUGCUACAGAAAGACAAUCUAUUUCCUUGCCUGGACUGACUGGUUUGCUAUCUUCCUCCUCCUCCUCUCUGCUUUUGGGGUUGUGUUGGUUUUGUCCGUUUGUGUAAUAUUUACCAAAAACUUGGACACACCAGUCGUAAAGGCAUCUGGUGGUCUGACUGUCUGCUAUAUUAUUCUCUUCAGCCACUUCUUAAUUUUUUUAAGCACUGUCUUCUUCAUAGAUGUACCCACAGAAUUCAAAUGUAAAACUAGGCAAGCACUCUUUGGCAUAAGUUUUACACUCUGCAUUUCAUGUAUUUUAAUAAAGUCACUAAAAAUUUUAUUAGCUUUCAGCUUUGAUCCCAAGCUUCAAAAUUUCCUGAAAUGCAUGUAUAAACCUAUUCCCACUGUGGUCACCUGCACUGGAAUUCAAGUUAUCAUUUGCACCUUCUGGCUAAUAUUUAACACACCUUUUGUAAAUCAAAAUUUCUCAAUCCCAAGAGCAAUAAUACUGGAAUGCAAUGAGGGGUCCAUUGUAGCUUUUGGGAUCAUGUUGGGCUACAUCGCUGCCCUAGCAUUUAUUUGCUUCAUAUUUGCCUUUAAAGGUAGGAAGUUGCCAGAGAAUUACAAUGAAGCUAAAUUCAUCACUUUUGGCAUGCUAAUUUACUUUAUAGCAUGGAUCGUAUUUAUCCCUGUCUACGCAACUACAUUUGGUAAAUACUUGCCAGCAGUGGAAAUCAUCGUUGUUUUAAUAUCUAACUAUGGAAUCCUCUGCUGCACUUUUCUUCCAAAAUGCUAUAUCAUCAUUUACAAGCAAGAGACAAACACAAAAUCUGCCUUUCUCAAAAUGGUUUACACUUACUCCUCUAAGAGUGCAGGCAGCGUUGCUGUUAGCCAGGUUUCUUUAGAUUCAAAAUCUUCCAGCCUGCAAGCUACUAUCACAGAGCCAUGUAAAACUGAGAAUGACUCUGUGAAUGGAAACUGCCAUUUCCCAGUGCCUAGGCAGCCACUAAUAAAAGGCAAAGUUCUUCCUAAAAGUGCUACAAGGAGUAUGGUCAGAAAAAGAGUCUCCAGCAUAUGA